AUUUUGUGAGAGUUGCUUUUUCUUCUGUAAUGCCGCUCUCAGCACCUAAUCAAUUGAUAACAUUUCGCCCAUUCCGCCCCCUCAUUUUCACCUUCGAAUAGUCAUAUCAUAUAUCCACGUCAAAAGGCAUGAAAUUACCAUCAUCAACCACGCUCCUCCUCCCAUUCCUCUCCACAUCAUACCUCGUCACGCACGCCACCGCAAAGAAGGACGAUCCUGUCUUCACCAACAUACACACUGGAUGCUGUCCCCCGGGGUCCGAAUAUUCAAAAGCAGCCUCCCACCCCAAUGCCACCGGUGUAUUUUCUUUCGAAGGCAUGCACUUAGACGACCGCGCCCUCCUCAGACGUAAAAACAGUCAUGGAACAUCAACAGAAACGCCCAAAAACUGGACAUGGACAACUAACGUCACGGAAGUUCAGUUUGGGAGCGGCGAUGGCAGCUUACAUGCCACGAAUCAGGUCUUCACGCUAGAUAUACCUCUCGACGUGGAUAUCUAUGGUCCGACGCAUCAGCGGAACGUGUGUGUGUUGCUCUUGAAGAUGGUCACUGUUAAUCAGAAUGAUCCGGGAGACUGUCGGAAUAUUUUCCCAAGGGCGGAGAUUGAGAAGAUGAAAGAGCUUUUUGCGCGCAAGGUUGAGGAUAUGAAUCAGGGUAAUUAUCGUUCGUCGCCAUGUGGGGGGCUUCCCGGGACGUCGUGGCAGGAUAUUAUAAGCUACUUCCAGCGCAAAGAUGAGAGCCUGUUGACCCGCAACACCACCGUCGCUGCCCAAUACUACUCCGCCACCACCAAGGAACACUCACCCACAGACUACUCGGCCUACGAUGCCGCUCUUACCCGCACACAACCCAUCUUCAUGAUGGGAUACUCUGUCGAUCCGAAGGUUCUCGUGGGCCCUGUGAUUAUGAAGAGACAGCUGACAGAGAUGAGGUUGUUGUGUGUUAGGGUCCGGGAAGUUUUGGAGGGCAGUCGUGGCAGUAAGACGAGCGCAAGUAAUAGUUUGAGGAAUAAUUGGUGGUUGAUGAUGAUGACAAUGGAGGAGAUGAAUGCGGUGGGAAUUGCGAUGUGGCUGGGGCUCCUUGGUGGGUGGUUUGUAUUUUUUGAGGGGUUUAGGUAAGGGAAUUUGGAGCAAUAAGACGAUUCUAUUCUAUUAUGUUUGUUUGUUUGCCUCCUUGUGAUGUGGCUUAACGACUUAAUUAUCAUUGGGUUGGGAGCAUCUUACAAGUUUAUAAUAUGAUGCAUGCAUUAUGAUUUGAUUCCGGAAGGCAUAGUUAGUUUUUUUUUAGCAUAUCAGGACACAUUUGUCUC